UCGCUAUCCCCUGCCUCCUCCAUUUCCAGCUCCACCACCUCUCGCCGGCUCCCCUUCCCCUCCCUCUCCUCUCUCGCCGGCCACCGCCGGGCCGCACAGAAUGGUGGCGCCGGCUGCCGUCUCCACCUUCUCCUCCUCCUCCUCGUCUCCCUCUUCCGUGGCACCCAGGACCCACCGCCGCGGCCUCCUCAGCGCCCGUGCGCCGCUGCCGCCGGCCCGGACCGUUGCCUCCUCCCGCGCGCCGCUGGUCGUGUCCAGCCCGCCGCCCACGCCCGCGCCCGCCCCGGGUCACGCCAAGAUCGAUCGCUCCGGCCGCUUCUGCAGCCCCCGCGCCGCGCGCGAGCUCGCGCUGAUGGUCUCCUACGCGGCGUGCCUGGAGGGCGCCGACGUGGUGCGGCACUUCGACCGCCGGGUGGCCGCGAGAAGAGAGCCUGGGUAUGUUUUCAACAAGGCGUGCGUGCAGAGCUACAAUUUCAUGAGCUUCUGCGGGGGGCCUCUGGAGGUUGCGACGGAGGAGGAGGCCGAAAAGCUCAUGAGUCAGAAUGAGAAGGACUCGGCAAACGAAGCAGAAGUUCUUUCAGCUCCUCCAAGGCUGGUGUACAACAAUUUUGUGUUACGAUUGGCCCGGGAUAUGUUAGUGGCAGUUGCCAGUGGAUGGGAUCAGCAUGUUGAAGUCAUCAACAAAAUAAUUCCCCAACAUUGGAAGGAUGAACCUGUUGCAAGGAUCCUAGAACUCUGCAUUCUUCAUAUUGCCAUGGCAGAGAUGACAUCGAAAGGAACUCCUCACAAAGUUGCCAUUAAUGAGGCGGUAGAUCUGGCAAAGCGGUUUUGUGAUGGAGGUGCUCCUCGGGUAAUCAACGGAUGCCUUCGAACAUAUGUAAAGGAUCACAUGAACAAUGGCCCUAGUCAGGCAGCUGAAUCAAAGCCAUAAAGUUUCUGUAAAUAUGUAUUACAAAGGCGGAUGACGUUGGUCCUGGCUUGAAAAAAGGAUUGGCAGUUGAAACUACAGAAGCACGGAUCCCAUUCAGUUGUUUUAUUGAAUGGUGAACCUGGAAUUAGGCAAAGAAGCUGGGCUCGUGAAGAUUUAGAAAUAUCCUCAAAUGUUUAACCGGUCCAGAUGCACGACCUAUAUGCCGAUGCUGCACACUCGCCCGAAGCAACCGAAGGGUACUUACUAUUUCUAACAGCUUUUGCACUCGCUGAACCCUGUGGUUCAUUGGAUGACAAGUGUUGUAAACUUUGUGUGAAUGUAAGAUUGUACAUCUGCUGAACUCGCAGCGCCAUUCCGGUCCUGCUCAAUAGUUAGAAAGGCGGAAUUUAGAGAGGAUAUUUGGAAGAUACUACAUGCAUUCUAAGGUUUGGAUAUGAUAGUUUAUAUCAUUA